UUUCACAAACACGCUCAGCACAUCGAAUGGACCCUGGGGGUGUUGCGAGAUACUGGGUUCAAGAUCGCACUGGAGAAGAGCGAGUUCUUCCUUUCAGAGAUCUCGUUCUUAGGAGAACGGACACGGAAGGGGAGCUGUUGGGGAUUUUGUUCGGAAAAGUGAAGGACAACCACCUGGAGCCAAUCAUGAGCGAAGUCUUGGUAUUCCUGGCACAGCUCCUGGAAGAUCUGCCUCUGGAUAUCCCUUCGCGCUGUGACGAGCGGCCUACGCCGGUGGCGCUCACCCGUACGUUGGUACCGCAUCUAUUGUGGUCCACAUGUACGGAGCUCGACGGUGACAACUGCUACUACCCCUCCUCGAGCCAUUAUCUCGUCAUUGACGUGAUCGAUCUCACUUUGUGGGAUCCAAAAACACGAAGGGUGGAAGCAGAAGAAGAGGUAGGCGAAGAGGAGGAAGAAAGGGAAGAGGCGAGCGAAGAAGAAGAAAAAGAAAACUCGGGGGCGGAAUCUGACGACCCCGAUUACCACGAGUCGGAGGAGAGCGAGUGGGGAAGGAGUGAGUCAGGUGGAUCCGGCAGCCCCAGCGAGCGGACAGAGGAGGAAGACGUAGCCGCAACACAGAAGAGGCGGAAAAAGGCGCAAGGAAAGAGGUCGGUGGAAAAGUCGGACGGACCAGCGGCACGACUAUUACAAGGCGAUCCGACGCGCAAUCCAGAGCCACCACAGGAGGAGCUAGGAGGAGAUGGUGUCACCACCCCGGAGGGAUCCAGAAGCAGACGCUGUAGAAAAAGUUAUUCGCCGGCUCAAUCCUCUCCACCACCACGGCCUACCGUUCACAUACAUGGAGAUGAGGACACUCGCGCUUCGUCCCUGGUCGUUAUCCCGCCAUCCACUUAACUACCUCACCCUCCAUCAACUCGUGGGCCGCCCCCAUUC